CAAUUAUUUCUGGGGGUCAAGGUAAGCCGCAAAGGGUGCAACAUUUUUUUUUUUUUAUCGUGUGCUUUACUUUCGACAUUUCGAGUUGACUAAUAUGCUCGCAGUGAAAAAUAAAAUGAAAAAGAAAAAGCUUAUUCUUGCACGACAUCUGAAGCGCUGUCCCACCGUUUCCACGACCUUAGACUUCCUCGACCUCUGAAGCGCUGUUUGCCUGUCAAACACCUCGAGCAAAAUUUCCACAACUGAAAACAAAGGAAGCAUGUGGUGCGACUGCGGUUAUAGCGAUUACUUCAUCGAAAGGGGUACAGAAACAUUUUUUUAAAUACUGCGAUAAUGUUAGAAAUAUCGGUUAGACUGCGAGAGCAAAAUCAACAUAAGUGAAACACGAAGUGGGCGCGUUAUACGGAGGCGCGCGGAAGUUCAGCCCGCGGAAGUAUAGAACGGUAGCAAAAUGGCGCGCGGGCCGCAGCUGUUACCGAUGGCUACACAUCACACCGCUGGCCUGGUUUCUACGCCGAACGUAGUAAGUGCAGAGCGUUCUGAAGUUAUAAGGGUGACUAAUUUUGAACCAUAGAAGCACGGCACCGCUUAUUAUAGCGAUGAAGGAUGUUUGUGGUGUCGAUAAGGGCGCCUGGUCGCUCGGCAGAAGUGAUCAACUACGACGCCGACGGGACGUCGACUUGCCGCAGGAUCCGCACCCCGCGUUCCCGCCCAAGACGGUCGUAAGACGAUAAAAAACUUCGCAAGCACCGCCUACCGGAACAUUUCGUUCACCGGAUAUAUACAACGAAAGAAGAACGGCGUGAGUACGUUCGCUCUAUCGAAGCAAGUACCGAAACUGCUCAGAAGGCGCGAACAAAGAGCCGAUCGUCGGUCGUUUUUAACCUUCGACUAUUCAAAGAAACUGUAGCACAGGCAUACGCACAGAGUCCACAGUGGCAUGGCCGAGAGUUCCUAAUCGGCAUGGGAAAAUAACGCAUAUCGCACAUCGUGCGGCUUUUGUCGUGAGGGGGAAGGCGACUACUUCGCUGCGAACCGCAGAACCUCGCCGCGACGAGUCGUCCUCGCGGUUACGUCACCACUUUUGCUUUCCAAACCCUUAUCGAAGAAAUGUCGCCCGAGGAAUCUUCAGCUGCAUCCAUAACACAUAUCGCACGCGCGAGAGUUCUCCAGAUAUACGUAUGUACCACUGCCGCGGAUACUCGACGGACCUUCUGGACCAAAUCCCGGCACGUCCCGGCUCCUGCCGCCGUCUCCUUGGAACGAUAGGUCACCGAGCUUACGAAGAACGACAACAGCACAGCGUGGCCUACACGUGCUUCAGCACGCAAGACAAAAGAAAUAUUUACGAACACGUGCGCGCGCGCUCAGGUCAGCAACGCAAGUAUGUGUUAAGUGUCUCCCAUCCCCUGCGCGUUAUCCAGUCCCAAGGAGGCUCCGAUAAGACUACUACGUCGGCGCACCGAUAAGCGGGCCGGUGCGUUAAAAGACACUUUCAAACUAAGGCGAAAAAGUCUCGAGUGUGGUGCGGGGGGUUGGGGGGUGUGUAUACAGUGCCGGCGCGCUAUGGCGCCGUCAGCCGGUCUGCUGGUGGCGACCUGGGACGCUCUGCUGAGCCUUCUGGUGUGCACUCCGCUGGUGGUCGCCCACUGGCGCGCCGUCUGGUUCCUCCUGGACUGGUUCGUGCUGCCGCAGCGACCUCUGUUGAGCGGCUGGCUAUGCUGCGUCAUCGGCCACGCGUUCGUGCUGGCCGCCCACCUGGCCCAGCACAACCUCGGCUCGAUCGGAGACGACGACGUCGCCCCCACCGUCAAGGGCCAGCAGCAGCAGCGACGUCGGCGGCCAUGGCGGGAGUUUGCCGGUCGCCUCUACACCCCUCUGCUGUCGGUGGCCACUAUCGCCCAGUGGCGCGGCAUAUGGCUGCUCCACGAUCUGUACCUCGACGAAGCCGGUCCACUACCGUCGGCGCUGGUCUCACUGGUACUGGGUAGCGUGGGUCUGGCGUUGGCGGGGUCUCUAAAGACGAUGGCGGCUUCGCCGCCCUUCGCUUUCGGAAGCGACGUGCCGUGGGCCUACUUUGACGCACCGACGAGACUCGGUCGCCACCCGGAUCGCGAAGGCGGCUGGCCCUGGUUCGUGGCCGACUGCGCCCUGACGGUGGUCGUGCUGCACACUUUGCUGGUUAGCGGAUGGAGGGGUCUUUGGGCUCUCUUGGACGUGCUGCGGAGGUCGCCGAUGGCGUCGCUGGUGUCCGGCGCCACGGCCGGAGUGUUGCUGCUGGUCGCGCAGGCGCCGGCGGGCUUCUUAUGGCGCCGCCUAGGCGGGGUGACUAAAGCUCCCGUGAACGUCUUGGAUGGGGAGGCUGGAGUUUCCAAAGCCAUGCUGGACGGAGAAGCCAGACCCUCCGAGAACGUGGCAAGUGGCCUGUGCUGGGUGCAACGUCUAUUCGAGGAGCUCUGGCACCUGGCAGCAACCUACGCCUGCGUGUCUGUCUGGCGAGGGAUUUGGAUGCUCGUCGACGAGUGGCUCCAGGACGACGUGCCGGCAUUUGCACUGCUGGCCAUUGGAACGUUCCUGCUACUGCAAAGUCUGUACGCAGCCAACAAUGUUCUCACACGAGGUGUCUCCAUCGACGGACAGGGCGUGGCGUUCGACAUCGCUUUUCUGGCGGAGCUCCUCACAGCUCCGUCUUCCGGUCUAUCUUGACUAGCUCCACCUCAAACGUCAGUGUUGCGUCACCUGCGUUUUGAGACGAAAGCUUGAGACGCUGCUCGUGCAGCGUCUGCACGAGCUCGUGCCUAGCUGCUGCAGCCAGCUGAGAAUGUCGUAAACGACUGCUUUGCUCUAUGUUAGAUAGGAAAAGGCAGGCGACUGAAAUUACAGGAGCAAUGUGGUGGAAGAAACACAGAGAUUAGCAAUACUUGUGGAAAAAAAACAAACUAGUGUGGAUGUACAAGUAGCCAGAAUGAGCAGCUGGCAAGCGGCUCAUACCUCCACGCCAUCAUCAGUGAGUCUAAGUGAUCCACAUGGAGGCUACGCCUGUGAUGCUUUACAAGCAGUGGAUGCACACUACACUCACCACUACACCCACGCCCCAAUCAGGUGUACAAAGAAGCAAAGUGUGGCAUGAUUCAACAAACACUCAAAGUUCUCCAUGUUUACAGGGUGCGGCUCCUUUUACUAGUUCGUGCUAGCGCUCGCUACCGAGGCCAUCUAGUUACGCUUGUGUGCUUGUGUUUGCACCAGGGUCUAAAACAUGUCCUAGCCACGAUACCACUUCGCAUGAGAUGAUUCUCGGAAGUGUGCUGCGCAAUACUCUGCAUUUGCUAUGUCAGUUACACAGUGUACAAGUAACGAUAUGCAUAACAUAAUGCUUCUGCAUCCUUCUGCAGAUGAGGAAAGAAAGCAGACAACACUGAGCCAUGCUGCUUUAAAGAGUUCAGCCACAGCAAGUGAAUGAAACAUAAUUUUUACAGUGUUCACCCCCCUGCCUCCUCCUCUUGCUGUGUAAAUGGCAGGGCUUAGCUAAAAUGCAGCUUGUUUCAAGCGUCAUCAGUUCAAAAGGACCACAAAGUAGAGUGCUGGAGUGCUGGGAAAUGCACUGGACUUGAACAUCCCGGAAGACUUCGCUGUUAUUAGUACCCCAGUCACACGGGGCACUUGAGUGCGAUUGAACCCAGUCGAGAUAGAAAUUCUCUAUCGCGAUUGGCUCCUUUGAGCAAGCUGCGGAAGGGAGCGAGUUGUGAUCGAGAAAUUCGACUCUUUGAUGAGACUCAUUCGUAAUUGAAAGUGCCCUGUGAGAACAAAGUAUAAUUCAUUUAGCCCAAAUGGUUUAUUGCUGACGUGAUGAACUGUUAAACAUAGUUUGUGCAAUUGUGUACUCCAGCAACAACAUUGUUUUAUAAACUGUGCUUUGAAUGUAUCACAAAAGCACUGUGCACUCCAAGACGUCCUCACAACCGAGUCUUCCACUCUAUCGUGACUGAGGAGCAGAAAUGUCGUGCUAUGGUUUGAGUGCUCACCGCCUGAUUAGGGCAUCAAGCCCUUGCAGCUGCACCACAGGCAUGAAGCCGUAGAAACAGCAAGCAAUAUUCACAUGUUAAAGAAAGGAAGCUUGCAACGGCAUUCUACCUUAUCAUUUCGUAACCACUCUUUUUUCAUCAGGACACAUACUACAAAUGUUGUACUGCAUAACAAACUCUCCUCCUCUUGUUGUGGUUUGGGCAGCAUGUUACUGUAGAUGAAAAUGCAAAAUCCACAAGAAGGCUUCUUUGGACAUCUCGUCUAACCGAGCCAAGAUGGUGGGCCAGCGUGCAAACUAAUGCAAUUAUCUCGGUCACCCUUUUAAGACGAUUUAAAAGCGCACCCAUCGAAUUUAACGGUGCCACUAGUAAGAGGUCGGCAAUCUUGGCAGGGGAAAGUUACACUGCAUUUCAUACAUGGCAGGCGAUGCUGCGGAAGCUAUGCAAGUGGCACGAUUAUAGAAAGUCUCAUCCUGCGCAUUUCACUGGGUAGUUGUUGCGUCCUACAGAGUAACUACUUCAUAUACAACUACAAUUUGUGGUUGUAAGCCUACGUCAAAUUAAGCAUAAUCAAACCCGGAUAUAGUGAAUCUGAAGGGGAUUACAAAAAAGUUCGAUAUGCAGGUAUUUUGAUACAUAAAAUAAAAUUUGUAUACAAAUAUUUUCUAGGGGAUCUAACUGUUGUUCGUUAUACACAAUAAUUCGUUAUAUGUGGGUUUGAUAUAUCCGAGUUCGACUGUAUUCUUUCUGCAGCUCUGUGCUUCUAGUAUGCAAUGUACAGUGGAAUCUCGUUGAUAUGAUCCUACAUAUUACAUUUUUCAGGAUAAUACGUUUUUUCUUAUAUAUGAUUAUUUUCGGAUAAUACGAUUUUCAGACGACACAUUUUAUUUUCCAGCUCCCAUCAACGAGAUUCCACUGUUUUUGUUGCGAGUGCAAGAGGUGUGCUGUGGCCGAUGGUCACAAAAACGUGUCAUUCCGCUUGUUUGGUGGUAAAUAAGCUCAGAUUUGUGAUGCCUUUUAAGUAGUAAAUAUUUCAUAUUAUGUUACAUAAAAGUAUGAGAUAUAAAGUUACAUUGAAUUACAUGAGGCAUACCUAUCACCAUCUUUUAUAUUGGACGCACUAUUUUUGGGUCGUGACUGCGAGAGGAGUCAAUCUAACCUCUGUACUGUUGCCUGCUAAGUAUGAAACAGAGUACAGAUGCAUUAAGAAAGCCUGCUUAUGGGAUUAAUCAUUUGCCAAGCACACAAAUUCACUUUAUCGUGCUGACCUCCCUCUUGGGCAUGUUGCCUAUGCCAAAAUGGGGCUCGGUAAAAUUGCAGGCAUGAGGCUGUAAUGCCUGCGUGAUGUCUACUCCACUGAUAAGGGAGCAGCUGAAAUGGUGUACACGAGAUUGUGUUAUAUAAAUUUCUGCAGCUACAUGAUGCAUUACAAACCUUUCUUCCGUGUGACAUCAUCAAGAAACAGUACGUGACGUGCGCCCCAAGAAAUUGCUGCGAUAGUGCCUCCACGGCAGCUUUUAUCGCUUGUUUUCACUUUGGCUAAAUUGGUAAUAAAUUAGCAGUGAAUACUACUGAAGCAAUGUUGUAAGA